AUGUCGUCAAACGAUAUUUCUCGAGAUGAGCUUCUCCUUCUUCUGUCCUCUAUGGGCGUCGUUCUCGCUAAGGAUAACAAACUGCCCACAGAGGAACUAAACAGGAGAUUCGGAAUGGCUCUGAAUACUGCUCAGGAACUGUCGGAUGUCGUAGACAAGACACCCAUAAACCUUGCUUCAUUACCGAGAUGGACAUCGCAAAAGACACUGUUCGACGCUACAAAACGAGGAAGCCUGACCGAAGCGUUGGUGGGAUAUAUGUCUCAACCGAAGAAAGGAUACCUCUCACCAAAGGAGGAAAUUUUCAAAGAAAUGCGUCAAAGUGUUCUUCUCAUGGCACAUGUGUGUGAUGUUGGCCUGAGAGAUAUAUGUUUCUUGACUGAAGGGGAUGAGUUGGGAAUCUUCGUUCGGAUAAUGGAUGUCCUUCGCAUAAAAGAUGGCGUUCCGCUUUAUUAUUUCGUCUACCGAGAACUGGUUCCCACACCUGACACGCCCAUGGAUGCACUCAUUGACGGUAUAGGCGUCGACAGAACGCUUAUCAAAACUGGAAUCAGCGAUCUCGAAAGGCGUACACUUCUAAGACUGUUUCGCAAAAAUACGAAGAAGCUCGACCCCAAAAUUAUCGCAAUGGAACGAGAUGCACAAGGCAAGGAGACGGGUCACCAUCCAUCAUUUGUCCUACCACUCUGCCCUAUUGCGAUGCGCAAUCUGGGAAAGCUUACCAACAAUCCCGGUUGCGAAGUGUGCGGGAAGAAAAAUACCAGCCGUUGCAUGCAAUGCAUGUCGGUGGUUUAUUGUAGUAAACAGUGUCAGAAGGAGCAUUGGCAGACGCACAAGGAAACCUGCAAAUCAAUCAAGGGAGGAACUUGGCAUUCCAUCACAGUACAAGAGCCGGACAUGGGGCCGCCUGAGCUAAAUUCUAUAGUGAAUCGUCUGGAGUCGAUGCACAAUCCUCAAACUGCAGGCAUAAGCCCCUCAAAUAACGGGAUCCCUCCCGACGUCCAUGGAGGAAAGGUGUUCCUCGCCAAGUUCCAGGUAUCGCUGACCUAUGAUAACUACGGAAUUUUAGCCCCAGAUAUGUUAGUUUAUGACAGGACCAGGAGCUUCCGUUUUUUCUGGAAAAGAAGGUCUAAUCCGCGAUUGUUCGCGGAAGCGCAGAAAAUGAUGGGAUCCAAGUUGAAGUUUUAUAGAGCGCCGCGAGAGGAUCCUCUUUGGUAG